CUGAGUGAGUGCUCCUGCCAGAGCGUGUGUGAGGAGGGGAUGAGGGAGACACAGAGCCAGAGAGAGAGAAGAGGAUGCAGACGUUUGGAAAAGAGAGAAGAGAGAGAUUUCGCCAACCUGUCAGGGUCUUUCAUGUCACAUUUCUGCCCUGAGGAAGACCUGACCUCUGUCUCUGUGUGGAAAUUAACCUGGGAAAACUAAAAAUGGAAUAUAACAUAAAACUCCAGCUGGAGCGACACACCUCCUGCUGCUCCUGCAUGACAGAAAGAAGAGGAUCUGAGGGGGAAAAUGAAUGAAGCAUUCAAGAAAGUGAAGAGGAGAAAGGAGCUUGUUUACAUGGGCCAAUCUGACAGCCAGCAGAUUUAUACUUCCUAUAAUUAUACCGUUUUAGUUCAGUGAGAGGUGAGAAGAAGAUAGGAGGGGAGGAGAUGAGAGGGAUGAGGAGCAGCGAGUAGAGAGAGAAGACCAGAGCAGAGAGGAGAGGAGGAGGCAAGUCACGAGGAGAGGAGUAAACACACUCCAGAUGGGACCCCAGCAUUAAUGAAAUGUGGAGCCAUGAAGUUUGAGCUCUGCUGACCUCCGUUGGACAACACAACAAGAUCAACUCACUGUGAAAUCAUGACCACUCCAACGACAGGAAGCCCAAGUCUGGAGGUGGGCUCCCAGGAGAUGGCAAUGAUCAGCAACAUACUGGCAGCCUACACCUUUAUAGCAGACCAGCCUGAGAGGUUAGCACUGGUGUUUCUGGGCGGAGUCUGCAUUGGCCUUCUCGUCACACUCUGUGCCAUCGUCUUCCAGAUUCACUGUCGAGCAGACUGUCACUAUGGCAACACUAAAAAUGCUCACCGUCGCCACAGGCACAGACAUCAUCACCGUCGCCAUCACAACUGUCCGCACCACCAGGCCAUAGACAAUAAUCCAGACAGCAUGGCUGUGGUACCCUCAGGGGGACCGGGGCCCUCCGGGGAGAGCGAAUUAGAGGACUGGGAUGAGACUUCUGACCUGUCUGCACGGAGACGGAGACGCUUUGAGAGAGCCCUGCUGCACGCCACCAUGUUCACAUCAGCCGAGGAGCUAGAUCGGGCCCAGCGGCUAGAAGAGCGUGAAAGGAUUCUCCGGGAGAUCUGGAUGAACGGCCAGCCAGACAUCAGUACAGUCACUCAAAGCCUCAACAGAUAUUACUGACUGACUGACAAACAGGCAGAACAUCAGAAGGACAUGAAGCUGGGUGAAAGGUUAAUCCAAAGGUGAACAAACUGGAUAAAAUGAGCAAGAAAAACAUCAACGCAGGAGUGCUACAAACAGAGUAAACCAUUCCUGACAGCACUGCUCGGAGUGGUCACCAUGACUCGUUAUGGCUCAGUCCUGUAACAGAAGAUGAAACCGAAGAAGACUUUCUUUCUGCCACGAAAAAACAGCCACAUAUAAUGUGGUAUGUGACUACAGAUUUAAAGGAAAUCUGAAGACUGCUGGUGAAAGACUCUACAAGGGAUUUUAUAUCUUAUCACAGGUGCUUUUAACAAACAUGGAGCCAGAAUGGAGGAAGUACGUGUGUAACUGUGGAGGAUGAAAUGCUACAGCUGUUCAAACGUUUAUGAAUUCACUUAUAGUAAAUGUGUUGUUGCUUUUGUUUGAAAUGUUACGACAAUCAGAAGAGGAAUCACACAGAACAAUGAAAACAUAAGAGGGGUGACACAUUAGCUUGAUGCUAAAUGGAUUUACAUAUACUGGUGCUAUUUCUGCUGUUAUUCAGCAUCCCAAGAUACGGUGAAUGCACACUUUUAAAAACACAAAUGGCUGUGCUUGUAGAUAACAAAUGAAAGGUCAAACCUGACAAAGCGUAUCGUUCUUGCGCAAAAGGAUAGCAAUGAUCAUGUUCUGAAGGAUCAUGUUAGCUUUCUUAAGCUUAUGUGUUACUAAGCUGAAAAAAGAAUAAACUUCAUUGUUUCUGUACAUGUUACUGAGUAAAGUUGUUUAU